UCAAAUUCCUCUAAAGAAAGAAACAGAGAGAAAUGGAAGAAUCAUCAAACUCAAAUAUCUUACUCGAAGUAGUAGAUGAUUUCUAUAUAGCUCUCCUAAAUGAAGAAGAUUUCAUACCAAUCUCAGACGAGAAGUUUGCAGUAGAAUUACAGCUCCAGGAAGCUUAUUUUUCAUCGUUUCUAUCUUAUCUCCCACGCCCAUCUCUCGAAACUUCGAUCGAACCGUCUUCAAAGAAGAACAAGACGACUCCGACGAAAUCCGACACGUUGGUUAUUACCGAAACCGGCGAAUCUUCGGGAAACUUCUGCGACAUAUGUGCGGAGGUGAAACCACCACAUGAAAUGUUCGUGAACAAGAACUGUUCUCAUGUGUUUUGCAACGAUUGCAUAAGCAAGCACGUUGCUGUGAAGAUUCAAGAAAACAUAGCAAUGGUGAUAUGUCCUGGUUUGAAAUGUAAAGGGGUGAUAGAACCUGAUCUCUGCCAUCCGAUCAUCCCUCCCCAAGUGUUUGAGAGGUGGGAAGCGGCUCUUUCUGAGUCGAUGGUUCUUGGGUCACAGAGAUUUUACUGCCCUUUCAAGGACUGCUCGGUGCUUCUGAUCGACGAUGGAGAUGAUGUUGUUACACAAUCGGAGUGCCCGAAUUGCCGGAGAUUGUUCUGUGCACAGUGUAAGGUGGCAUGGCACUCGGGUGUUGGGUGCGAAGAGUAUAAGAGAUUGGAUGAAGAUGAGAAGGGGAGAGAUGAUCUGAUGGUGAUGGAGCUUGUUAAGUCAAAGCAGUGGAAGAGAUGUUCCAGCUGCAAGUUCUAUGUGGAGAAGACAGAAGGUUGUUUGCAUAUGACUUGCAGGUGCGGUUUUCAGUUUUGUUACCAAUGCGGAUCGGACUGGUCUGCUCAUACUAGCUGCAACAUGACAUAGAGAAAGAAGAAGGCAGUGGAUGGUGAUGAUUGCUUCACUAAUCAAGACUUUCUUGAUAGUUGAUGAAUUGAGGAUAUUAAUGGGUAGCCAUCCUAACAAUCCAAUCAAGAACACUAAAUUCAGUUAUUUGACAAAAAAGACUAUAUAGGAGAAGAUAGUUUUUAUAUGUGUUGAUGUUUUAGAUUCAUUUGAGGAUUGAAACAAGUUUUUAUUAGUGUGUGAAGUUUCUUAUCUAAUAGAUUUAUUUGUUUUCGUUUGUAUU